GGAGCGGGCAGCCGGAGCUGGCAGGGGCAUGCCAUCUGUGGCAGGAGCUGGAGCUGGAGCUGGUGGGGCUGCGCCGCCUUCGACCGGAGUCGGCGGGUCCGCGCCCAACGUUGUGGUGCUGGAGAGUUCUCCGAAGGGAGCGCCUCAAGCGCCGGAUGCGACGGCUCCCACCGGGCCGACUGCCUCGACCGCGCCGCCGCCAGCUUCGGAGCCGACGAGGAGGGAGCCGACCGGGAAGGAGCCGGCGAGGGGGAAGCCGGCGCGCUCAGAGGACGCCGACUCCCGGGCUCUGGUGAGGACGAGGGGCCCGCCGGGCCCAUCUGAGGGCCUUCAUGUGGCCAAGGGGGCCCGGCUGCUGCAUGUGCCGUCUGCCUCUGACUCCAGCCUUGGCUCGGCCGGCACCAUGGAGGCUGCGUGGCAUUCGGCGGAUUCUUGUGAGGUGUUCAGCCGGGAGGGGCAGCCUGGUACGGCGCCCAUGAAGAUGGCCUUCUCCGGUUUCCGAGCCGGCCUUAAGAACAAGGCCGCCGAGGCCCUUGCCCAGCUAGCAACGCUGGAGGAUGCUGACAAGGCGGUUAUGGAGCGACGCACCGUCUUGUACAACAAGGUGGUGACUAGCUACCACAAGGCCAAGAUCGAGCGAGCCGGCUUGGCUCGCGAGCUGGAGGCUGUCAAGGUUGAAGCCGCCAAGGUUCCGCAGCUGGAGUCGGAUCUCCGAGCCGCUCGUGCCCAGUGCGCCGAGAGCGAGGAGGCGGGCCGAUCCGCCGCCGGCAAGCUCAAGCUGGCUGAGCAGGAGCUGACGCGGCUGCGCCUGCUGGAACAGAACCACCUUGCUGAGCUCAACUCCCUCCGGACGGCGGAGAAGGAGAAGGUGGAGGAUCUGAGCCGGCGGCUAACGGAGGUGGAGAAGCAGCGGCUUGUGCUGCAGGAGGAGGUCACCGUCAAGUCCACAGAGCUGACGGCUACCGCCAAGCGCUGGACGGAUGAGAUUGGCGCACUAGAUCGCGGCUUGGCGGGUGAGUGCAUCUCUAAGUUCCUUUCCCUUUGCCGGCUUUCGGCUGUUGGCUGCCGGCUUUUGCUGGCAGCCGGCAGCAGAAAACUUCUUCGUUAUUUUCAACUUGGGGCUGGUGGCGGUCGAGCUGGUGCCCAUGCUGUGGCCUGA